AUGGAACAAAAUUACAACUUUAAUCCGUCCUUUAUUAAGCUGUUGAUGGAAGAUGAUUUCACGAGAGAAAUUCGGAUUCCCUACUCUUUUGUGAGGAAUUUCAAGGAAAAGCUUCCCUCAAGAUGCACAAUCGAAUCCGAGGCAAAGAACUCAGUUCGAAAUUCAUGGCCAGUAAGAAUUCGAAAGAAAGGUCGCUACUAUUAUAUUUGCAGACUUUCGUGGCCAAAAUUUGUUAAAGAUCAUCAUUUGAAGCUUGGAGAUUACCUCUUAUUUCAUCUGAUAGAUAAAACAACAUUUAGAGUAAAGCCAUAUGGUGCCGAUUGUUGCCCAAAAAAAUUUAAUGUAUACAACUCAUCCAGUAGCUCCAGUGAUGAUGAAUCUGAUGAUGGCUCUGAUGAAAGCUUUGAUGAUAGUGAUGAAACUGAAUUUUACAGAGAUGAUGGAAUAAGGCCAUCAAAAGUUCAUCCUGCUAAAAAAAAGGUUUACACUAAGUAUCAGAUUGAUCGUGAUAAUUUUCGUUCUAAUAAAUUCAAGAAGUUGAGGAAAACAAGAAAGUCAGGUGAGAUGGAUUAA